GAGGAGGAGGUGGCAAAGGAAGGGAACCCAGUCCCUGCGCCAGGUCCUUCGACCAGAGCUUUUUCCAUGUGGAGGCUCUUUCAAUGGACGUGUCCCCGCGUGCUUCUUAGACGGUCUGCGGUCUCCUAAAGGUCGACCAUGGUGGCCGGGACCCGCUGUCUUCUAGCGUUGCUGCUUCCCCAGGUCCUCCUGGGCGGCGCGGCCGGCCUCAUUCCCGAGCUGGGCCGGAGGAAGUUCGCGGCAUCAACUGGCCGCUCCUCGUCCCAGCCCUCGGACGAAGUCCUGAGCGAGUUUGAGUUGCGGCUGCUCAGCAUGUUCGGCCUGAAGCGGAGACCCACCCCCAGCAGGGACGCCGUGGUGCCCCCCUACAUGCUGGACCUGUAUCGCCGGCACUCGGGCCAGCCGGGCGCCCCCGCCCCCGACCACCGGCUGGAGAGGGCAGCCAGCCUCGCCAAUACCGUGCGCAGUUUCCACCACGAAGAAUCUGUGGAAGAACUGCCUGAAAUGAGUGGAAAAACAACCCGGAGAUUCUUCUUUAAUUUAACUUCUAUCCCCACCGAUGAGUUUAUCACCUCAGCAGAACUUCAGGUUUUUCGGGAACAGAUGCAGGAAACUUUGGAAAACAAUAGCAGUUUCCAUCACCGAAUUAAUAUUUAUGAAAUUAUAAAACCUGCAACAGCCAACUUGAAGUUCCCUAUGACCAGACUUUUGGACACCAGGUUGGUGAAUCAAAACACAAGCAGGUGGGAGAGUUUUGACGUCACCCCUGCUGUGAUGAGGUGGACCGCACAGGGACUCACCAACCACGGAUUUGUGGUGGAAGUGACCCACUUGGAGGAGAACCAAGGUGUCUCCAAGAGACACGUCAGGAUUAGCAGGUCUUUGCACCAAGAUGAGCACAGCUGGUCACAGAUCAGGCCACUGCUAGUAACUUUUGGCCACGACGGGAAAGGGCACCCUCUCCACAAAAGAGAAAAGCGUCAAGCAAAACACAAACAGCGCAAACGCCUUAAGUCCAGCUGUAAGAGACACCCUUUGUAUGUGGACUUCAGUGACGUGGGGUGGAAUGACUGGAUCGUAGCUCCCCCAGGGUACCAUGCCUUUUAUUGCCACGGGGAAUGCCCUUUUCCCCUGGCAGAUCACCUGAACUCCACUAAUCACGCCAUUGUUCAGACGUUGGUCAACUCUGUUAAUUCUAAAAUUCCUAAGGCAUGCUGUGUACCAACGGAACUCAGUGCUAUCUCCAUGCUGUACCUUGAUGAAAAUGAAAAGGUCGUAUUAAAGAACUAUCAGGACAUGGUUGUGGAGGGUUGUGGGUGUCGUUAGCACAGCAAAAUAAAAUAUAUAUAUAUAUAUAUAUAUAUAUAUAUAUAUAUUUUAGAAAAAAGCAAAAAAAAAAAAAAAACCAAGUUGACACUUUAAUAUUUCCCAAUGAAGACUUUAUUUAUGGAAUGGAAUGGAGAAAAAAAAAAACAGCUAUUUUGAAAAUAUAUUUAUAUCUACGAAAAGAAGUUGGGAAAACAAAUAUUUUAAUCAGAGAAUUAUUCCUUAAAGAUUUUAAAAUGUAUUUAGUUGUACAUUUUAUAUGGGUUCAACCCCAGCACAUGAAGUAUAAUGGUCAGAUUUAUUUUGUAUUUAUUUACUAUUAUAACCACUUUUUAGGAAAGAUAGCUAAUUUGUAUUUAUAUGUAAUCAAAAGAAGUAUUGGGUUUGUACAUAAUUUUCCAAAAAUUGUAGUUGUUUCCAGUUGUGUGUAUUUAAGAUGAAAAGUCUACAUGGAAGGUUACUCUGGCAAAGUGCUUAGCACAUUUGCUUUUUUGCAGUGCUACUGUUAAGGUCACAAGUUCAAGUCCAGAAAAAAAAAAAGUGGAUAAUCCACUCUGCUGACUUUCAAGAUUAUUAUAUUAUUCAAUUCUCAGGAAUGUUGCAGAGUGGUUGUCCAAUCCAUGAGAACUUACGUCCUUAUUAGGUGGAAUAUUUGGAUAAGAACCAGACAUUGCUGAUCUAAUAUCGAAACGCUUUCCUACCCCUUAAUUUGCAGAAAGCAUAAAGCAGGACCAAUAGAAAUAAUUGGGAAAAUGAUGAACCUGCAGGAAAGUGAAUGAUGGUUUGUUAUUCUUCUUUCCUAAAGUAGUGACCCCUUCAAAGGGGCUGGUCUGGCCAAAGUAUUAAAUAAAACAUAAGAUUUCUUUGUUAUUAAUAUUGUGGUCAUGUAUAUUUAAAAAUGAUAUAUAAUGGCUCUCAUGAAGAAUUGGAAAUUGAUUUGUAUUUAACUUUUACCUCAUCUGGGAGCUCUUUAUGCUCAGAAGGGCCCAGUUUUCUAAAUUUGUCCAACACACAGAACAAUUGUGCCCAUCAUGUUUUCUGCCCACUGCCUAUUCUCUGUUCGAUCAGCUUGCUUUUCUUUCCAAGGUUAUGUGUUUGAACACAUUUCUCCAAAUGUUAAACCUAUUUUAGAUAAUAAAUAUCAGAGCUCUGGCAUUUCAUUUUAUAAAGUCCAACCUGUAAGAAAAUGGUGCAUUUGUACAGCAUUCAUGAUGAUUA